AUGUUUCCACAAGACAGAGAACGAAAAGACAGACUAACAGAAAAUAAUAAAAAAGACCCAAUGCUUCAGGUGUUGACUCAAUUAUACUUUUCAAAAGGUGGAAUUAAAAAAAUAGCAAAACAAGAACUAACUCAACUUGAUUCAGCUCUUGCAGUUAAAACACCAGAGAUCACUCCAACUAAAGGAAAGCCAACAUCAAAAUUAACUACAGACUCCCAAUAUCUUUUUAAAAAGAAAACUGAAAGGAUUACAUCUCGUAUAUCUCAAGACUUAUCAUCUCAACACAACCAAGAAGUGAAGAAGAAUCCAGAAGUUGUAAGAAAAGUUACUGAAAAAUUAAAACAGUCAGUAACAAAAGAGAAUGAUAAAAAUAUAACUAUUCAAAGAACACCAUCAAUUUUAAGAAGUUCAAUUAGAAAGUCAAUAAUAAGAAAAGAUGAAGAAGAAAAUACAAAACCUACAACUGAUAUUUCAUUACCGUCAAAAGAGUCUCAACAACUUGUACGUCAUGUAACAGAAGAAUUAAAAAGAACAUCAGUAACAUUAAAACGAAGAACAUACGCACCAUCUAUUUGUACUUUACUACUUGUUUCACAAAAUGGAAAUGAAAAAAAUAUUAUUACGGUAGAAGUAGUAGCAUCAUACUCUAAUUUAAAUUCAAAAAUUGGGGGUAUUCUUAUAGAUGAUAAUAAGAAAAAGUUAUAUGUCUGGAGAGGUAAAGAAAUAAGUUUACAAGUAAAAUCACAAUGUGCAGAUUUUGCAUUAAAAUAUAAAUCAUUUGAAAAGCCAUGUUAUAAAAUAGUAAUUGAAGAUGAAGGAAAUGAAAAUGAAGAAUUUAUUAAAGCAAUUGGAGGAAAAUAUGGAUUUGAUCAAGGAAGAAUAACAUUAAAAUUAGAAAGAUUAGAAUAUGAAGAAAAAAAAGUUAAAAAAAUUCUUGUGAGUCAAGACAUUCUUUCUAAAAAAAGUCUUAGUGGACUUCAUAUGUUUUAUAUAACAACAGGAUGGAAUUCAUUUUUAUGGUGUGGAUUAAAAACAUCAAAAAAUGCAAGAGAGACAUGUGCAAAAUUAUGUGGGUCAUUAAAAAAUGGAAAAUUAACAAUUGUUUUUCAGUCAAGAGAACCACUUUUAUUUAAACAAUUAUUUAGUGAUUGGAUUGAACCAAUACUUUCAAGACCAAAAAUUUCUAGUACAACAAUAAAUAUAAAAAAAGAGUUACCACCAUUUAAUGUUGCAGUACUAUUUAAUGAAGUUGAAUAUAAAGAAAAAAAAGUACCAGAGUUUAGUCCAGAAGGAAUAUUUAAAAAAUAUAAAGUUGAAAAUAUUUCACUUCAAUUAAUUGAAGAAGAAAAGAAUCGUUUCAUAUUAAAAAGUAAUGAAUGUUAUGUAUUCCAUUAUACUUAUCCUUGGAAAAAUUUAUUUAGACAUGCCCUUUUCUUUUGGUUAGGAAAAAAUGCUUCAAUUCUUCAUAGAGGAAAAGCUGCUGCACUUACUGUUGAUUAUGUUGAAAAACAUCAACUAGAUGCAGUCCAUGUUAGGGUUGUUGAAGGGGCUGAACAAAGAGAAUUUAUUGCAAUGCACAAAGGUGGUAUUAUUAUAAAAAAAAGUAUUUAUCCAGAGAAAUAUGAGUUAUAUGAAAUUAGAAAAGAAAGAGGAACUGAAGGUAUUAGAAUAAUACAAAUUAAUCAUUUAAAUUUGAUUGAUUAUAAUAGAAGUUAUUUAAUUAAUAUUAAUGGAAAAGGAAUUAUUGUAGAAGGAAAAUAUUGUCCUGAAUAUCAAAAAAUUAAAGAAAUUAUUUUAAGAAGUAAAAUUGUAUUUGAUUGUUAUAAAGAUACUAUUGAAAAUAUUCAAAAGUAUCAAACUUAUAAAGAAUUUAAUUAUCUUUUUCAAACUUCAUUACCAGAAUUUCCACAUGCAUUUACUAUUAGUGCAUGUACAGGAUCUAUUGAAUGGGAUGGAUUAUAUGAAUUAAAUCUUCAAACACUACAAGACCAAAGAAUUAUUGUUGUAACAUUUGGAAAUAAAUUAUAUUUUUGGGCAAAAUUAGAAGUUAGAUUAACAGAAAUUAUUAAAUUAUUAAAAACAAUGAUGGAUUAUGUUGAAUCAGCUAAAAUAAAAAAUAUCACUCUAAAUCCUUUAUUUAUUAGACCUGAUGAAGAACCUGAAGAAUUUAAAAGAUUGUUCUUUGGAAAUCAAGAAUUAAAAAGAAAAAAAGAGGUUAUUGAAAAUGUUAAUGAUAUUUUUCUUCAACUUACUCGUAAAUAUUCUCUUGCUGAAUUACAAAAAAAACCAAAAUUAUUAACUACAGUUGCUUGUGGUUCUCUUGAAUCUUUUCUUGAAGAUAGUGUCUUUGAAAAAGUUUUUGGAAUGUCUCGAGAUUCUUUUGCAAAACAACCUCAAUGGAAACAAAAAAAUGCAAAAGCUCGUGUUGGGCUUUGGUAA